CCGCCCGCCCGCUCUCCAUAAAUCGCCCGCCGAUUCUUCCAAACCUCGCCUAGUGGCCCUACUCACCUCACGCCCCCAGCGCAGCCCAGGCCAGAACAGAACAGAACCGAAAUCUCGCUCGCGUCGCGUGGAAGAGAGGGGGAGGGAAUACAGCUGAGGAAAUCCUCGUCACUCACCACCGCUCCACCGCUAUCCCGGCGUCACCCCGCCUAAACCCCUCUCCCUCCUCGUCGACCGGGGCGCCGACGCCGCCUCCUGCCCCCCGCGCCGCGAGGGGAAACCCUAGCGGCGGUAGAUCUCGCGCGGGCGCUCUCGAUCCGCGCGUGUAGAGGCCCGAUUCAGCCGGGGAAUGGCGGAAGACGGGGCCGCCGAUAGGGAGCAGGAGCAGCGGCAGCUCGAGGACCGGCUCAGGGAGGUCGGAGAACGCCUGCAGGCGCCGCCCGACGCCGCGGAGGACCUGCUCAAGCUCCUCGACGAAGUUGAGGAGUGUUUACUUAAAGUGGAGCAGGCACCUCCUAAGAGCACAUCGAAUGCUAUUCGACCAGCAACUGAAGCUCUUGUCAAGAAAGAGCUGCUGGGUUCUGCUGAUCCAAAUGUCAGGCUUGCUGUGGCAUCAUGUAUCUCUGAGAUCACUAGAAUCACAGCACCUGAUGCUCCAUAUGACGAUGAUGCGAUGAAGGAUGUGUUCUCUGUAAUUGUUGGGUCCUUCCAAGAUCUUGAUGACAUAGAGAGCCCCUUCUUCAGAAGGAGGGCUUCAAUUCUUGAUACCGUAGCAAAGGUCCGGUCCUGCGUGGUGAUGCUAGACCUUGAAUGUGAUGAUUUAAUACGUGAUAUGUUCCAUCACUUCGUCAGGACUGUCUCUUCUGAACAUUCAGAGGCUGUCAUAUCCUGCAUGGAAACAAUAAUGAAAUUGGUAAUUGUGGAGAGUGAGGAUGUCCAACCACAGAUUGCGUCAUGUUUACUCGAGAAUGUUAGGAAAAAAGAAAAGGAAUCUUCUUCACCAUCCUUUGUACUUGCUGAGAAGGUGAUAGGCAUGUGCCGUGAAAAACUAAAGCCAGUCUUUCUGCAAUUACUAAAAGGCACUUCCUUAAACGAAUACAGCCAAAUUGUCACAUCAGUUUGUGAAGAGGGUUCUGAUGACAAGGAAGAUAACAAUGCUGAUCCUUCUGGGAAGGACACGGUGGAUGAUGGCAAACUUUCUGAAAGGACUAUUUCUGAUGAGUUGCCUCAGGAAUCUUCAAAGGUGGAGCAAGAUGUUAGCUGUCCUGAACAAGAUGGCACUUCGAUGAAUGGUACACCGGGUACUGCUGUUGGCAGCGGUGCAACUCCAUCUGAUAAUGGUGAGUCUAAUCAAGGACUACUUUCGCAAAAAGAGAAGCACGAACAACCUUGCUAUGCUGAAAACACAGUAGAUGCUGAUCAGUUGAAAUCUGGCUACAUUGAAGGUGCAGAAUCCGUUCCUGCAAAGCCCAAUAAGUCGUCUGCCCAUGAUUCAGACAAAAAUCUUAAGCUCAAUCCGUCGGACAAACCUGAAGCAACUUCACAUUCUAAUGCAGAUAUUAAGAAAGAAGCUCUUGUAGCAUCUGGAGAGGCAGUCAAUGGAGCAUCUGAUGAUACAUCAAGGCCUGCUGAUACCACACCUGUUAAACCAAAACGAGGCCGACCUCCUGGAGCAAAGUCAUUAGAAAAGAAGGCUGCUGGAAAGAACCAACCAUCUGGUUUAGAUUCGAAGAAGGUCGAGGAGACUACUGAUUCAGCAGGGAAGUUAACAAAACGAUCAGCUAAGGAUGAUGUCAAGUCUUCUGUAAGAAAGGCUGGUGAAGGAGAAUCAUCUAAGAAGCAUCAAAAGAGCAGUUCAAAACAGCAGAAGGAUGAAACCCUCUCCGAGGAAGAUCCUGCCAAGGAUUUGAGCCUUAAGGAAAUGGUCUCUCCAAAGUCUUUGACCAAGGGGCCAGGUAGAUCUAAAGGGCAAGGUGUGGAGAAUAGCACAUCUAAGAGGAAGCUGGAACAAGAGACUGAAGAUCCUCCUCGUUCAAGGAAAAACAAAGGCCUUGAUGGAAGCCUAGUGGGUGCAAGGAUUAAAGUCUGGUGGCCAGACGAUAAGAUGUUCUACAGAGGUGUCGUUGACUCAUUUGAUUCUGUUUCUAAAAGGCAUAAGGUUGCGUAUGACGAUGGGGAUGUAGAGGUACUACUACUCAGGGAUGAAAAGUGGGAAUUCAUCAGUGAGGAAAAAGGAACUGCUGUGGCAUCUGACAUGCCACGGGGCAGAAAAAGAAAAGGAGAUUCACUGAUGGAAGGCAAUACAGAAACACCUAAAAGUAAUGGAGGGGAUCUUCCAAAGAAAAGGGGGCGUCCAAAAGGUGUCCGUGCCAGCAAUGGGACACCGAGUAAUAACAGCUCUGCAACUCCAAGCUCAAAGGUUAAAACCGCAAGCAAGGAUGUCAAAGAAACAGCUAAAACUGGCAGUAACCUUAAAAAUGAGGUUGAGAAGAGCUCCAAGGACAAAGCCACUCGAUCAACUGAGAAGACAAAGGAUGAAUUGCCUAAAGAUGGCGGUGACAAAAGUGCAAGCAAACCAAAGGAGGCUAGCAGCAAAGGCAAGGAUUCAAAAGAUGAAAGCAAAUCCACUGAAGGAAAAGGCAGGCCAGGUCGUAAACCAAAAAAUGCUGGUACUCCUGCAGAGAGUGACACUGACAAAGAGAAGCGGAAGGAGAAAGAAGGCAAGACUGUUGAAAUAGAGCAGGAGGCAUCUGGGGUUCCUUCUACAGGAAAGAAGCAUAGAAGAAAGGCUUAAAUCAGCUGCCUAUGAAUUUCUACUGUAAAUGGUUUCGCUCUAGAUUCGCUCCGUAAUCUUGAAGGUGUUGGCACUGCACCAUAUAUGGAUUGUAACAUUUGGUUCGGUUGCCUUUUGAAUUGUCAUCUGAUUGGGCAUGUAGUAGCUAGGAAUUGUAGGAACAUUUGCUAUAGUUGUGAUGUUAGGCGUAACUUGUGUUCGUUGUUGUCAGAUGCAUAGCAUCAUGUUGCCGGAUGGUGUUGUAGCUUACUGAUGUUCUAUUUAUAUAGGCCAUUUGAGCAA